UAGCAACCUCAACAAUCACCCAAAUUCAUUCAAAACAGUCGGUUCAUUCAUGAAAACAUAUUCUUUUUUAAACGCCAUCCUGGCAGAUGUUGGGUGAUGACAGAAUGCAUGAAUGUUUUAUUAUUGGUAGUGUUUGGUUGAACAAUCGGCAUCAAUUAACACUCAUAAAGUGUCGUUAGUCACUUGACUUUGUUCAGCCAUGACUUUGAAAAUUAUACCAUUGUAAUAUACGAUCCCAUCAGAACUGGAAAAACUGUAAUUCGUUGAUAGAAGACUAUUUUUACUCGCUGGCCGAUGCCACCGUUCUCCUAGUCAUGUAGAAUUAGCUUCAAAUUUGAACGUGAAAAUCUAGUAAAUCUAAAGAAAAAUAUCUAAAUCGCGCAUCAAAGGAGAGCAAUAACGAAGAUGGACUCUCAGGAUAACAACGGAGGAGUCCUUUACAUAAUCGCCGACUUUCUGUCGUUGAUUACUAUCGCUUCCUGUCUGGUGUCCAAGAUACCGCAGAUUCAAACGGUACAACGGCUCCGUUCGGCCACGGGAUUGUCCCUGAAUGGCCUCCUCAUGGAGCUGUGUAGCUACACCGUGACGAUGUUGUACAACUUCAUCAACCAGUAUGCCUUCCUGUCCUACAUGGAGUAUCCCAUUCUGCUGAUCCAAAACUAUGUGCUGGUGUAUGUUGUGCUCAAGUAUAAAAAUUUGCUCAACAAAUCGGCAUGCAUUUGGGCUGGUGUGUAUGCGGCGGUGUUUGUCUGUUUUGCCACCAGUAUUAUCCCGGGAAGUGUACUGAUGAUGCUUGUGCCUCUGACGACCCCAGUUGGAGCCACAAGUAAAGUGAUGCAAUUGCUAGCUAUCCUGCGCACUAAAGAUUCCGAGUCGGUUAGCCUGAUUACAUGGGGCAUUUCAGCUUUUACGAAUUCAACACGCAUUUACACUAUCCUACUCGACUCGGCUGAUAAGAUGCUGCUAGCCAAUUUUGGAAUCUCCACCAUUUUAAGCUCGUCCGUUUUUCUCGCUGCUUGGUAUUACAAGAAACCCAAGCAGGAAUAAUAACGGCGGAUUCUCGAACAAGAGGCUUCCUAUGUCGAUACAGCUAUUUUGCUGGGAUAUAAACACGCCAAACAGUCGUUGCACGCUUUAGACUGGGAACAGCAACAGUAAUUCGAUCUAAUCGCUACAACACCAAAUACUACCGACACUCGUCUUUAGUAUGUUUGUUACAGCACUUUUUCUAGUCUUGAUGAUUCUAGUAGGUUGUACUUGCGCACAAGUAAUUUUUAACUUAGUUCGAUUUAAUUAGAUACAAGCGUUGUAUGCGUCAAAAAAGACAAAUAAAAUAAGUUUUUAUUCUA